UGGGCAUCCCAUGCCUUCUGGUGGACGGUGGCCGCUGUGGCUUGCAGUCCAGCAUGGAGCGGAGCCUGUGUGGUGGCCGGGACACAGGAGCCCGACUUGAUGCCCACUGCCGGGGCGACUACGUCUGGAUGGACCUGAGAUCUGGGCAGGAGUUUGAUGUGCCCAUCGGCGCGGUGGUGAAGCUCUGUGAUUCUGGGCAGAUCCAGGUGGUGGACGAUGAAGGCAAUGAACACUGGAUCUCCCCGCAGAACGCCACGCACAUCAAGCCCAUGCACCCCACGUCGGUCCACGGCGUGGAGGACAUGAUCCGCUUGGGGGACCUCAAUGAAGCUGGCAUCCUGCGCAACCUGCUCAUUAGAUACCGAGACCAUCUCAUCUACACCAACUGUGGAGGGCGGACCUACACAGGCUCCAUCCUGGUGGCUGUGAACCCCUACCAGCUGCUCUCUAUCUACUCGCCAGAACACAUCCGCCAGUAUACCAACAAGAAGAUUGGGGAGAUGCCCCCCCACAUCUUUGCCAUCGCUGACAAUUGCUACUUCAAUAUGAAGCGCAACAGCCGUGACCAGUGCUGCAUCAUCAGUGGGGAGUCUGGGGCGGGGAAGACAGAGAGCACGAAGCUGAUCCUGCAGUUCCUGGCGGCCAUCAGUGGGCAGCACUCGUGGAUUGAGCAGCAGGUGCUGGAAGCCACUCCCAUCUUGGAAGCAUUUGGGAAUGCUAAGACCAUCCGCAACGACAACUCAAGCCGCUUUGGGAAGUACAUCGACAUCCACUUCAACAAGCGGGGCGCCAUCGAGGGUGCCAGGAUCGAGCAGUACCUGCUGGAGAAGUCACGAGUCUGUCGCCAGGCUCCAGAUGAAAGGAAUUACCACGUGUUCUACUGCAUGCUGGAGGGCAUGAAUGAGGAGCAGAAGAAGAAGCUGGGCCUGGGCCAGGCCACGGACUAUAACUACUUGGCCAUGGGUAACUGCAUAACCUGUGAGGGCCGCGAGGACAGCCAGGAAUAUGCCAACAUCCGCUCGGCCAUGAAGGUGCUCAUGUUCACUGACACGGAGAACUGGGAGAUCUCGAAGCUUCUAGCUGCCAUCCUGCACCUGGGCAACCUGCAGUAUGAGGACCGCACGUUUGAAAACCUGGAUGCCUGCGAGGUUCUUUUCUCGCCGUCCCUGGCCACAGCCGCAUCCUUGCUGGAGGUGAACCCCCCAGACCUGAUGAACUGCCUGACCAGCCGCACCCUCAUCACUCGCGGGGAGACAGUGUCCACUCCGCUCAGCAGGGAGCAGGCACUGGACGUGCGAGACGCCUUCGUCAAGGGCAUCUACGGGCGGCUUUUCGUGUGGAUUGUGGACAAGAUCAAUGCAGCCAUUUAUAAGCCCCCUUCCCAGGAAGUGAAGAACUCUCGCCGGUCCAUCGGUCUCCUGGACAUUUUUGGGUUCGAGAACUUUGCGGUGAACAGCUUUGAGCAGCUCUGCAUCAACUUUGCCAAUGAGCACCUGCAGCAGUUCUUCGUGCGGCACGUGUUCAAGCUGGAGCAGGAGGAGUAUGACCUGGAGAGCAUCGACUGGAUGCACAUCGAGUUCACAGACAACCAGGACGCCCUGGACAUGAUCGCCAACAAACCCAUGAACAUCAUCUCCCUCAUCGAUGAGGAGAGCAAGUUCCCCAAGGGCACGGACACCACCAUGUUGCAUAAGCUCAACUCUCAGCACAAGCUCAACUCGAACUACAUUCCCCCCAAGAACAAUCACGAGACCCAGUUUGGGAUCAACCACUUUGCAGGCAUCGUUUACUAUGAGAGUCAAGGCUUCCUUGAGAAGAACCGGGACACGCUGCAUGGAGACAUCAUCCAACUGGUGCACUCCUCCAGGAACAAGUUCAUCAAGCAGAUCUUCCAGGCUGACGUUGCCAUGGGCGCCGAGACCAGGAAGCGCUCGCCCACACUCAGCAGCCAGUUUAAGCGGUCGCUGGAGCUGCUGAUGCGGACGCUGGGUGCCUGCCAGCCCUUCUUCGUGCGCUGCAUCAAGCCCAAUGAGUUCAAGAAGCCCAUGCUGUUCGACCGGCACCUGUGUGUGCGCCAGCUGCGGUACUCGGGCAUGAUGGAGACCAUCCGCAUCCGCCGAGCUGGCUACCCCAUCCGCUACAGCUUCGUGGAGUUUGUGGAGCGGUACCGAGUGCUGCUGCCUGGCGUGAAGCCGGCCUACAAGCAGGACGACCUUCGGGGGACAUGUCAGCGCAUGGCUGAGGCUGUGCUGGGCACCCACGAUGACUGGCAGAUUGGCAAAACCAAGAUUUUUCUGAAGGACCACCAUGACAUGCUGCUGGAGGUGGAGCGGGACAAGGCCAUCACCGACAGAGUCAUCCUCCUCCAGAAGGUCAUCCGGGGCUUCAAAGACAGGUCCAACUUCCUGAAGCUGAAGAAUGCUGCCACACUGAUCCAGAGGCACUGGAGGGGCCACAACUGCAGGAGGAACUAUGGGCUGAUGCGGCUGGGCUUCCUGCGGCUGCAGGCUCUGCACCGCUCCCGAAAGCUGCACCAGCAGUACUGCCUGGCCCGCCGGCGCAUCAUCGGGUUCCAGGCCCGCUGCCGGGCCUACCUGGUGCGCAAGGCCUUCCGCCACCGCCUCUGGGCCGUGAUCACUGUGCAGGCCUACGCCCGGGGCAUGAUCGCCCGCAGGCUGCACCGGCGCCUCAGGGCCGAGUACCUGCGGCGCCUGGAGGCUGAGAAAAUGCGGCUGGCAGAGGAGGAGAAGCUCCGGAAGGAGAUGAGCGCCAAGAAGGCCAAGGAGGAGGCUGAACGGAAGCAUCAG